CAGAAUCCAGAAUCCAGAUCCAGAGAGAGAGAGAGAAGAAAAUGGAAAUAAGCGAGGAGGAGGUAGUGAUAGUUGGGGGAGGGAUUGCAGGGUUAGCGACGGCAUUGGCCCUAAAGAGAGUUGGGAUUAGAGCUUUAGUUCUGGAGAGAUCCCCUGAGCUACGAACCACUGGUGCAGCUCUUACACUCUUUCCCAAUGCAUGGCUUGCUCUCCAAGCACUCGGUGUUGCUCAUAAACUCAUCUCCAUUUAUUCCCCUAUCCGAAAGGGAUACGUCACAAAUGUUGCUAAUGGAGCUACUCAACUUGUAUCUUAUAAAGGGAUUAACGAGAUGUUCAGUGGACCUAUCGCAGUCCAUAGGAGAGCCUUAUUGGAGACACUAGCAGGAGAAUUGGGACCUGGUACCAUUCGUUUCUCUUCAAAGCUUACCUCCAUCCGUACCCUCGCCAUAGAUGACGAAGGUUCUUCUGCUGCUAUCUUAAGUCUAGACGAUGGGACACUCAUCAAGGCCAAGGUCUUGGUAGGGUGUGAUGGUGUACACUCGGUGGUUGCCCGCUGGUUGGGACUGAAGGACCCAGUCAAUUCAAACCGGUCAUCUAUACGUAGUCUAGCAGUAUUUCCUCAAGGCCAUGGAUUUAAGCAGGAAGUCCACCAGUUCAUAGACCAAGGCAAAAGAGCUGGCUUUGUUCCCCUCACUGAUAAAGAGCUCUAUUGGUUCCUGACCUACAGUUCUACAUUUAAUGGUGAGGAGACUACAAUAACAGACCCCAAGUUGCUACAGAAGGAUGUAAUGGAGAACUUGGCCAAGGACUUCCCUGCAGUAUUCUUAGAAGUAGUUCAACAUGCUGAUCUGGAAACACUGACGUGGGCUCCAUUGAUGUUCAGAGUUCCAUGGGACCUAAUAUUUGGCCACGUGUACAAGGGGAGCAUCACGGUUGCAGGUGAUGCAAUGCACCCAAUGACACCAGAUCUGGGCCAGGGUGGUGGUUCAGCACUUGAAGAUGCAGUCGUCCUUGGAAGACACUUGGGAAAUUCUUACCUCUCAUCCAAUGGGAGGAUUGUGGGUGUAGAGGCAGCUAAAGCUAUAGAAGAGUAUGUGAAGGAGAGGAGAUGGAGAGCCGCUAGUUUGAUCACAGGGUCUUAUCUUUCGGGUUGGGUUCAGCAAAGUGGUUCUACUUCGUUCAUGAACUUCUUCAGGGAUACCAUCUUCUACAAGUUUCUUUACCCUAGGGUUUUUGAUGGCGCAAAUUAUGAUUGUGGAAAGCUUCCCAGUGUUUCUUCUUCAUCUUCUGAAUCAGAUGCAGCUCAGACUAAGAUUGAUUAGGAUUUGUUUGUUUUGAU